UGAAAGUUUUCCCUUUAUUUUAGCACUCUUGUUUAUAUGAAUUUAUGGUGUCCUGUGAACUCAUAUGGACUUAUUAUAGUCAAGAGUAGUCUCAGCCCAGAGAAAGAAAUGAUUCACAUCCGGCUGUCAGGGAAUCCACCUCUCCAUGAAUUAAACAGACUAGAAGAAAGCACAAAACUUGAGUUGCAGGAAGUAAUUGCUUUUAUUCGCCGCCAGAGGCCGCAAGUGUCCCAUAUGUAUUAUAUGUGCGACUGACUUCACGUCUCAACACACUAUUGCUCUGCUGGAGUUUGCUGGUAAUGAGACUUUUCCACAAUCAAAACGUUUUUCGAAGAGCUUUUGACAAUACUCAAUUAAACUAAGUCUGAAUUUAAAAAAAAAACCUAAUGCUACUUAAAUCGGUACAAAUGCAAAACUAGAGGAGGAAGAUGUGUUUAACUGUCCGGUCAGAUGUGGUGCUGAAAUGCACUGGGUUUGGCUUUCACCGUGUGGUCCCGAUGAACGUACAAAAGAGAAUAUACAGCAGAGAAAGGAGUUUAAGAGCCUACAGGAUUGAACAAGACUUUGCAGAGAUAACCCGUCAAACAUGUGCCAACAAAGUGGACCUGCGGGGAACUGAGGUGAGAGGUAACUGCAAUAUGCUGAUCCGGACGCCUGCAUGUGAUAAACAUGAUGUUUACUCUUAAAUUGACGCGCGCCCCUUUGCAAGCUUUAUAAGUGCCAAUUAUUGUGCUCAGAGACACGCUUGCAAUUUAUUUAGUUGUGUAAAGCUGUAGCCUAGAUACAAGAGAGAGCGUCCUUGGUAUUUGUGAUUGUAAAGAGCCAGAGGAGAAAGAUGGCCGAGGGGGGAAGACUGAUAAUUUGAAGACUUGCCAGGGGUACAUUGUCAAAUUCAAAAGGCAUUUCAAAGAACCAAUCCAUUCACUUUUUCAUUCUCUCUUCUUUUUUUCUUCCUUCUCUGUCUUUUUUUCCCCUCCUUUCUUUCUUUUCGCACGGUUGCAGGCCGUUUGAAUCGACCAAUGGGCCUUCAAGUUAGAGACAUUGGAAUGUAAAUGAGCCCAGCGCGUGCUCCCGGCGCAGUGAAAGCUCGGGAUUGUUUAUUGAGCUCCCGGAGCCACGCGCCUGGCCCGGGGGAGUCGGCGUGCAGAAGAAUCACACAGCGGGGGCGGGGCCUCGCCACGAAGCGUGCGUCUCCGAAAAAAAAAAAAAAGGGGUGGGUUGGGGCGCGUGUUGAAAAAGAGGAGUGCUGCCAAAGUUUGGGUCAGAUCGGCUCGUGGAGUAAGCAGUGAAGAGAGACUUGGACUAGAGUUAGCCACACGGUGCCCACGCGAAGGACACGAGAGCUGUGCACUGCCAACCCUCUCUGCUCUUCCUCCUCUUCUAGUCCCACACUCUUUGGGCCCCGCACUCGCCCCCUGCAUCCAUCACUUCACAACAACUGUCAACAACUGUCAGCGAGAUGGAAACUACAACCAUCACCACCACGCAGACUGCAUUUACCUUUGGACUUACUGAAAGAUGCGCCAGCAUCAGCCUGCAUGCCCCGGCCCAGGACUGCGCCGUCCCCGCCGUGCACCCCAACAACACCAGCGCUGCCGACUACCAAAGCAAAACCAAGGUGCUGAAGAGACAGCGCUCCAGCUCGCCGGAGCUCCUGCGCUGCAAGCGGCGCCUGAGCUUCAAUGGCCUCGGCUACUCCAUCCCUCAGCAGCAGCCCGUGGCCGUAGCCCGGCGGAACGAAAGAGAGAGGAACCGGGUCAAACAGGUUAACAUGGGUUUCCAGACGCUGCGUCAACAUGUGCCCAAUGGUGCCGCCAACAAGAAGAUGAGCAAAGUGGAGACCCUGAGGUCAGCGGUGGAGUACAUCAGGGCUUUACAGCAACUCCUGGACGAACAUGACGCCGUGUCGGCUGCUUUCCAGUGCGGGCUGCCAUCCCCAACACUUUCCAACAGCUACUCUGCCGACCCGGAGUCGCCUCACUCCACCUACUCAUCAGAUGAAGGUGGCUACGAGCCUCUGAGCUCCGAGGAACAGGAGCUGUUGGACUUUACAACCUGGUUCGACAGGUACUGAGAGUGACAGCGUCAACCCCACACAGCAGCGUCUGUGCGUAAAAGCAGCUGACUUCUUUCAGAAAUGCUCACAAAGACUUGAUGAAGGCGUCAGAUCCGUCUCGCCCACGGUGCUUGGAAGUGAUCUGUUGCCUCCCUCCCUCACGCGGGCUGCUUCUGCAGGAGCAAAGCAAUAGUGAGAAAGAGAGAGAGAGAGAGAGAGAGAGAGAGAGAGAGAGAGAGAGAGGGGGGAGAGAGGGAGCCUCUUGUUGCAUAGAGCAUAAAUAGUCGCCCUGAAGUCCCCACAAGAAGGAGGGAGUUGGACUCACUGGAAGUAAAGAACUGUUGAUGUCAUGCUUGAAUAAGUGCAAUUAAUACGUGAUACAGCAGCAGGCUCUGUAGAGACGGUGCUGUGGCUCCAGAGGACUUGUUUGAUGAGUGUUUCAUCAGAGCAGGACUGCCUUCCUCUGCUGCCACAUCUGUUGGAAGACACAACAAAGAUGAUGCGUCAACAGACUUUCUUACGUGAUGUACAUUACCCCCCCAUCCCUCCUCCUUUCAUAACAAAACUGUAUCAUACAACGAAAUGUUUUACCAUGAAGACAUAUUUUUGUACAUUGAGUCAGACAAACAAUGUUCUUGAACAACAUUCACUGCCACUUUUCCUGACAGUGUUUUGAGAACCAGCUGUCAGAAAAGCAGUUGUUAGCAUGUAUGAGUUGUGUGACUGGACAGCAAUAUCAAGGCUACUACCUGUGACAGAUUGUAGUUGUUUUGUUUUGUUUUUUAAUAGGUGGUAAGGACACCUUUAUUAAUGUAUGCACUUGUUCUCCAUUUUCCGUAGCCUAAAAUGUAAAUAUUUGAUUUUAACAGAUAUAUUUUGUGUAAAACAAGUUUUAUAAAUAAAUAUGAAUCUAUUUAUAUUA